AGAGCUCAGAGCAUUUUACUUGGAAUCUCUCAAUAAUCCUUACAACAACUCUGCCAGGUAGAUCAAUAUUACUAUCUCCAUCUUGCAGGUGGAGAAUAGGGGGUGAAGAUGAGAGAUUGUGGCUUGCAUAAAGACACCUAGUGAUUUAGCGAUGGAGGUGAUAUUUGGAAACUUUGAAAGGGAAGCCAAAUCAGAGAGUUAAGGGAAGGGGUUGACUGUUGGCCUGAGGGAAGGAGUUUGCUGCUGACACUGAACAGAGAACAAGGUAAAAAGGGUGGACAGAGGGCCAUGGGCUACGGAUGCCAAGGAAGUUGUGUGUGUGCUGAAUUUCAUGUGGUGGGUUGUAUUCAACUAUCUUUUAUUCAGAGUAGGCGUCUUAAAAUUAAUGGCUGCAAUUAACUUAGGUCCAGUAAUUUAAGCGAGUACAAGUUAAUUACUCUGAGUAAACGGUAGGUGACGGCAACCCAGUGAUUUGAAAUAAUCAACCAGAGAAAUGGUCAGCUAAAGAUCAGAAGUGGGACCUGCAUUUACUGCAGUGGGAUAUUACACCCAAAUCAACUUUUUCAACUCCAGACACUUCACUGUAUCCCAAAUUUUGGUUGGAAACCAAGGUGUCACAUAUGGAAAAUAAGUGCCAGUGGCUGUGGUCAGGAUUCUUACAUUGGUUCCAACCCUUGAUGUUCUUAUAGGGACCACAUAUUCUCUCCCACUCUAUGUGUAAAUGGGGUUUGCAUACAAUUCAUGCAAGUUUAAAAAAUGGGGUGGAUGUAUUAUAUAAGUCCUACUCAUACAGGUGUGUCCUGUUGGGAGAAAAGAGUGCAAGGCUCACUCCCACACAUUGCCGUGUACUAACUGGUUACCUGAACUAUGUGUGAGGUAGCUCAUGGAUGUAAAGAUUCUGUGUGACCCAUUGGCUUCGUUUGGACUAUUUUUCUGGGCUUCCGAAACUGUGGUUCGGCCCAAAGUGGGGGAAGUCUAUCUUAAUAGUUUGUGAACUUGGGAAAUAGCAAUGGGAUAGAGGGAACUGUAUUUGUUUUGACCCUCUUUUCCUCUUCAGUGUGGAUUUUUUUCAUGUUUAAUAGUGUGUCUGUUCAGCACUUCAUUUCUGACUUUUACUAAGCCUGAGUUCCCUAUUAUAUCUGGAGAAUUUUGGAUUAUUGUCAGAUAUUAUCCUGGUUGCUAACUAGCUGACAGAUUUACACAGUUUUGGACCCACAACUCUGGCUUUUUGUAAAUUAGAAAUGAAGCAGAACAGUGGAAAGAGUGUAGGUAUUUCGCCCUGGCUCAUGCUCCUAAUUUAAUAAACCAUAGUUUUUGAAACCUGGAACAAUUAUCUGAACUAGGCCAUUGUACCCAGCAACAGAUCCCAGCACUUUGGUAGAACCAUGCUGAGGUUUCCCCAAUACCCAGUACUGAGUUCCAGUGAAUACAAACCCUUAAAGAGCAUAGUGUCUUAUAGCGUUAUCAUUUGCUAUUGCAUCAUUUAAAAAUAUAUACUCUUGAUUUACAUUUCUAGGUGUAACACGUGAGAGAGUGAGUGAUGGCUGCUCUUAGUGGCUCAAGAAACUGUCUUUUAACUAGAUUGACAUCUUUGGCCUGUUGGGGAAAGUGCAUUAAUCCUUACAAGUUUUCCAGUGAAGCAUUGAACAGACACCAGCAUCAAGUGACUAAGUGCCAAUCAUGGAACAAAAGUAAAAACAGAAGGUGCUACUUAAUGACUGAAAGUUCCAACACCUACAGUAACCUCAUUAAUAAAAGUCAAGUGCGGCUUUUGAACCCUAAGAAUGCAGGAAUUUUCAACGUUGCACACAGCUGUUCUAGGAGGCCUUGUAUUUUCUCUGAGCAAAGGGCAAGAGGACUUUCUUUUCAAAAAUCUCGACACUUGACUGCUUCUCACAAUGUCCAGUUUCACAGGCCUUUUCACAGAUCUUCAGCAUUGAAGGCGGCUCCCGUUCCAAUCUUGUGGAUUCUAUUGAAGCCUGUUCAGAAACUAUUUGCUGUCAUCCUUGGGAGGAGCAUAAGAAAAUGGUGGAGGGCACUUCCUCCAAACAAGAAGGAACUGUUUAAAGAAGCUGCAAGAAGAAAUAAAUGGAAGAUAGCCCUGGGCCUGUGUACUUUAGGACUUGUAUUUAUCCUGUUUUAUUUUACUCACUUGGAAGAGACACCAAUCACUGGACGUUCUCGGCUUCUGGUGUUUCGGAAAGACCAUUUUGCUGAAUUGUCCCAGAUGGAGUAUUCCAUGUGGGUCGAAGAAUUUAAAAGCAGAAUGUUGCCUGAAACGGACCCCCGUUACCAGGAGGUCAAAAAAGUCUUUUUGCAUUUGGUUGACAGCAACAAGGAUUUUCCAGGAUUCUCUGAGUUCAAGUGGACUAUCCAUGUGGUGGAGGGGCCAGACAUUAAUGCUGUUGUGCUUCCAAAUGGACAACUGUUUGUUUUCACUGGUAUGCUAUCUGCUGUGUCAGAUAUCAAUGAGCUGUCUUUCAUUCUGGGACAUGAACUUGCUCAUGCUGUUCUGGGACACGGGGCAGAGAAGGCGAGCCUGAUGCAUUUUGUGGAUUUUGUGCUCCUCAUUCUUCUCAUAAUGAUUUGGGCUGUUUGCCCUGUAGACAGCUUAGCGAUCGUAGGCCACUGGCUCCAAGCUUGGUUUCAAGAGUUGCUGUUCAACAGGCCAUAUAGCAGGACAUUGGAAGCGGAGGCUGACAAAAUUGGGCUUUGGUUUGCUGCUAAGGCUUGUAUGGAUGUAAGAGCAAGUUCUGUAUUCUGGCAGAAAAUGGAGCUAGCUGAGACUCUUACAGGGCAACCAAGAGUGCCAGAAUGGUUUUCUACACACCCCUCCCAUGAGAAUCGAGCUGAGCAUUUGGACAGACUUAUUCCAGAGGUAAUUAAAAUCAGGGAGCACUGCAAUUGCCCAGCUUUGCCUGGACAGGAUCCACGCUUUGCUUUCAAACUGGCCAAGCAACAAAUUCUGCAAUCGUCUAAAAACGAGGGAGGCCUAAACCUCACUCACGAUGCUCUUUACAGAACAAAGGAGAAGACACACGUGGACAUAGUAGCUGGGAAAUAACUCUGCAGGUGAAGGCAGAAAUGCUUCCUGGAUUAACGUUAUCCAAAUUCUCAAGGCAAGUACUGUGCUUUUCAGGAAACUGCUUCGGAAAUUUGAAAUGGCCAGACAGUGCUAUUAAUUUAUGGCCACAAUUUUUGACAGUGAUGUGCCUCUGGAACUCGGCUCUUGAAUGGAUUUGCAGAAGAAUGCUUCAUAUGCACAAGGAACAUGAGGAGCAGUUUCUGUGAUGGAAGAGAACAGGAAACCUUUGUCUGCAUGGGGGGGCGGGGGUAUUCAGCAGUGCCCCAUAUGGCACUCGCAUACAUACUGCAUGUAUAACCAGGCUGCAAUAGCAAAUCCUCUUGUACACCGAAAUGCUAGUCUGACUGUCAGAACUAUGUCUUUUCCCAAUCAUGUUAUAAUCUCCUCCACCCCCCAGCCCCGUUUCCCAAUGGAUGUCUCAAAGGGAUGUCCAGCUGAGUGUGGUGGGGAGGGCAGGGAGGGCUGCAUAUUGGAAAAAUGGAAACAUUGCAUCUGUCUAAAUAUCUAUCCAAGGGCAGUUCUUGCAAUGCAGUUUUAAGUUGUAUCCCAGGGCUCAAGUUGGAUACAAACCUGUCCCUUUAUCACAAAUAAUGAAAUAGUAUCCCUUACCUGUGUAAAUCCUCUUGAAUUUGUUGCAAGCUCGGUUAGUUUUGUCCAAUGAUAUUUAUAAAAUAUUGGUAAGAAUUCACUGCCUUUUACAAGGAUCAAGAUGCAAUAAACUGACCAGUGGUCUGGUUCGAAUAUCA